AUGGCCUUGCUCGUGGCCUCUUCAAGAUGGAGAAAAAGUUUCGCUCUGGAGACUGUGUCAAAGUUCUGCUCUGCAACCCCCCUGUGUGCUAGAGCUCAGCCUGUUACCUCAGUGCCAGCUAACAGGCUGCCAGCUAGCACCAGGCCGCCCGAUCCCCAGCCUACUAGCUGCCGGCUGGAGACUCAGCCAGCUCACACCAAGCCUGACCCCUGGCCUCCCUGGUGGGAGGCUUCUUCCUCCCGGCCUGCUAGUCCCAAACCAGUCGGCCAGCUAGCCCCAUGCCUGCCCUGCCUGAUUCCCGGCCAGCUAGCGCUUGAUCCACAUGAUCCAGACCACCAGCAUUCAUUUGAGAGGACUCGCCUGGUCAUCUUCCCUGGUGGCCAUAGGAGGAGAAGUGGUCAUCACGGUUCCUGUCACCAGCAGUCUCAACCAGCACCAGCUUCGCCAGAGGUCGGACCCAUUCCCGUCCCUGGUCCCUCGUUGGUGGUCCGACCAGCACCAGCUCCAUUGGCGGCCCAGCCAACUCCUGUUCCUUGUGCCCCUUCGGUGGUCCGACAACACCAGCUCCAUUGGUGGUCCCGCCAACUCCUUGCUUCCUGUUCUCCAUCGGUGGUCCGACCGGUAACAACUCCGCCGGUGGUCCAGCUGACUCCUGCUCCUCGUUCCCUGUUGGUGGUCCGAUCGGUACCAGUCCCGCCGGUGGUCCAGCCAACUCCUGCUCCCUGUGCUCAACCCUCGGACCUCAGCCCAGCUGUCUCGCCGGUGGUCAUCAGCCCAGCAGCUCAGUCCGUGGACCUCUGCCCAGCCAUCCAGUCCAUGGACAUCUACCCCAUUGUCCAUUUGCCGGCCUUCAGUCCAGCUCUGCUGCUUGAGGUUCCAGGCCUCCUAGGAUGA